AUGAGUACUAUAACAAAGGACGUUCGUAACUAUUUUAAACUAGAUCGUUUAGUAGCACGAUCGUAUGUUAUACUUCGUCAAUUAUUUAAAAAACGUUAUUCUCUAUUCAACAGCGGUAAAGUAUGGGAUGAUUCAUCAACUUGUGGAAGUAAUUAUUUAACUAAUGUUAUUGCAAAAAAUAAGAAGUUUAAUUUGACCAAGGUUCAAACAAUAUCUAUCGCUAAUGGUGAUUCGCACCAAUGGGAUAUAGCGACACUUACUUCUCUUCUUCUCAAUGCUGAUAGUCCUAAAAUAUUGAGUCAGUCUCAAAUAUAA